UUAACUGCGGGCGCUGUUAUCAAAGCGAGGCUGAGCGCUAAUGUUGCCAUGGAUAUUAUGUAAACUCUGAGCGAUUUCAGGUUGUUUCCAGCUGGUAAACAGUGUACUAUUGAACGGAGCGAACGAUCAUGACGGAGAAUCAUCCAAACCCGCUUGCUUUCAUUCCUGACUAUGUGGAGAGAAAAGGAUCUCUCUUCUUACGGUCUGAUCACAUGGAUUAUGGCAGACCAACUCUUGUGUCCAACUGGCAUCAAGCAAGGGAAGCUGAGCCCAAAGAAUAUGACAUCAAAGAUUACCAAUCCGAAAAGAGGAACCUUCACAACUCCACAUACCAUCGCAUUGGAAAUGUCACAGAUGGGUCUUUACCUGAUACAACCAGUCAUGACCAAAUGGAACAAGCAGUGAAGCUUAAAAGUGACUUUGAAACAAGAGAAACAAGACGGCAGAUGGUAGACAUGAACACUUUUAAAAGCGUUAAUUUCCAAAGAGAUACUGGGGCACCUGAGAGAGGAUUUGGUAGUGUUCUUCCAAGACAUCCACUUGACCAUGGAAAGAGGUACCUUGACACCACAUAUAGAGUGGAUUACGACUCCCCGUACCCAUAUCAAACACAAAAGACUCCUCCUCCAGAGCCCGAUCAGUCUGCACUUUGGCGGAAGUGCCACUCCCAGUUUACCGACGUGGACGACUACAGACGACACGGAACAAACACUUGGCACGAUGAGUCAGGAAUUUACGCUAACACAGCUGUACGAGAGCAUGUUUUACAACCCACAAAUCCCAUACCAGAACGACUUGGCUAAUAUGUAUAAAGUUACUUAGGAGAUGUUUUAGACUUUUUUUAAUCAUGAUAAGCAAAGAUUUUAAUUAACAAUUUUGUUUAAAAAUUCACGUCUUCCCCUUUUCUUGUUGAAUUGAUAAACUAAAAAUAAAGUGCAUAUUGAGACCAAAUUCAUUUGAAUUUUUAGAUUACUGUAUUCGUUGUUCGGUCAAUAUAAAUAAUGGCAGUGGUAAGGGUUUAUAUAGAAAGAUCCUUCGCUGCAAUUCAGAUUUGGGUUGACUGAUCAUUCAAGGAGCCUCCUCCUUGGAAAGAGAGAAAAAAAAAUCGUACAAUUUUCUGGCGCUCUGCCAGCCUACGCCCCGCCUUGUUUCAAGAAAAAGAAGAACUUGAGUCCUUAGAUAAAACGAGUGUUAAAAAAUUUGAAACAAGGAGCAAUUAUUGUCCAAAAAUUUUUGACUAUUUACAUUUUCCUGCUUCUAUUUUGUCUUUUUCUUGAUAAUGAACCACAUUCAGUUACGUAACGUUUGCCACCAAGGCAUUAUGUUCUCA